AUGACCGAGGAGAGCUGUGUCCCGCGGCCCUUAUUCGGCGGCGCCAUCUCCAGCACCUUCCCCGUCCGGUUCCAGGACGUGAGCAACAUCCGCGAUGUCCCCGACCAUCAGGAGGUUUUUAUUGAUCCAGCCCGCGACGAGAGCCUCAUCUUCGAGCUGCUCGACCUCAAGGGCGAGGUGGAGGACGCCGACAGUGCUCUCUGGUUCCUGCGCGACAUCGCCAACGAGCAAGACGCGGGGGACAACAUGGUAACAAUACAAUAG